AUGCAGCGACCUUCCUCGCCGGAAGCAGCGGAGCAUGUGAGUGGUGCUGGAAGCAGCAGCAGGGCAGGCUCCGCAGGCUUGCCGCGCGGCGAUUCCCCUGAGCGAACUCAAGUGCCCUCGAAGGAGGAAUGCGACAAGCACUUCCAGCGUUCGCGGUCCUCAAAGUUAGGCCUGCCAGGCUCGCAAUUUUCUCAGCCAAUCAUGCCACCUCGAGGUCCUCGCCCAGCAACGUCUUAUCGUCACGUGCACAGGGCUCCUGGAUUCGAUUGGUCUUUGUCACCAGAGCGGGAUGCUUUGCGCCAAGUCACCAUGGGAAGUGGCAUCUCCGCCGAGAAGUACCGGACCAACGCUGAGGAGCGUGAAAGGGCUUUGGCAAGGCAUCAGCAGGCCAUGGGCAGUGGCGGCUCAGCGCGGCGGGGCGGCGACUUCACCGCGGUGGUCGCCGGCGAGGAGUUGCGCGGGCAGGUGGAAGCGAUCUUCGAGGCGAUGGCGCGUGGAGGUGGCGGCGAUGGCCUUUCGCUGGAACGGCAAAGCUACAUCGAAAUGAUUCAGGAUCUUUGUGGCACAUUGCAGGAGGCCCAUGUCCUUCUGCAGGACUACCCAGAAGACUCACAGAUUCGCGUGAAAGACUUCUUGGAUAUCCUCUUCACCUCCGAGGUACACAAAGCCGAAAGCCGUGUGAGAGAAGGGAGGGAUGUGAAGGAGCCUUCAAGAUUUGAGGCGCAGAAUGAGGAGCCGAGCUCGUCCAGCAAUGGAAAGGAGGUUAAGGUGCGGAAGGAACAACUGAGCAGGCCAAAGGAAGCUCAAAAAGAGACCAAGGAGCAGCGGACCGAAGCCGAGACCGGCGCCUCCGAAGCCGAGGCCAGUCUGAAAGAUUAUUUUGAGAAAAACUACAAGCAAGGCCGUUUGUUCGAUCAUGAAGAGUACCGGCAUGACCCGAAAGACUGGUGCUGGCUCCACACCAGACUGGAUGUGAAGGUCUGGCAGGAUGCCCUUGACUUGACUCAAGCCGACGAUGCCAGCGAUGUGCAAUGUUUGUUCCACUACACCAACGAGCUUGGCUUUAAAAAUAUUACGGAUUUGAGGAAGACGGCAGUGGAACUCUUCGCUUCUCUGAUAACGACCGGUGAGAAGGCCAACGCUUGGUGGGGGGCAGGAGUUUACUCCGUACAGAAGCCCCCAGAUGAGUGGCCCAAUCUCGAAAGACUGCUAGAUAACAACUAUAGGAGGAUGCUCAAGCGCGACAUUGACUUGAAGGGUCGUGAGGCAGCUGUGAAGGAAUACAGAUCGCGGGUGUCCUUCUGCAUCCCCAUCCUCGUCAACGCAUCCAUGGCCUAUGAUGUGUCGAAGAGACGAACGCCUGAAAUGGUCAAGCAGGCAAAGUGGAGGGGAAUUUAG